CUGAUAGACCGAGCCACCAGCCCUCGUGACGAAGGCGAUCCCAAAGCUGAGCAGAAGACCCUGGAGGAGAGCUGGCAGGACUUGGCCUUGAUCAAAGCGACGCCGAAACCCCCCGCGAAGCAGAGAAGGGAAGACCUCAGUGAGCCUCUGCUCCCUCCGGCUCGGCCGCCGGUGCCAGAGCCCAGGAGCUGCUUUGCCCCUCUGGAAACUCCUCAGGUCGAAUCCAGCCCUCCGCGCUGCCUCACGCUGCAGGAGAAGCUCCUCUCCCACUACAGCAGCCGGCUGGCCGUGCCCGAGAAACAAGUGUCCCUCGCCCUGCAGCUGGCCAGGAGCAUCUGUGCCCAACUGCAGAACUUCCUGCGGAGCAAGUGCCCAGAGCUGCCUUUUGGCAGCCUCUUCCUCAGCGGUCCCCUGCUCGAUGGCCUCGGGGCUCUCACAGCCGACCACGUCCACCUCAUGCUGCCGGUGAUCCUUGACACCACGCUCUGGAGCCUCAUCCCAGGAGAGGACACCGUGGUGAGGAACCCUCAGUACUGGAUGAUCAAGAGGACUGAUCUGGAGUAUUUCCCUCGUGGGUGCAGCCCCUGGGACAGGUUCAUUGUGGGCCAGUACCUCUCCUCUAAUGCACUCAACGAGACCCUCCACAAGAUGCUGGUGAGGUCCAUCAACUGGCCUGCCAUCGGCAGCCUGCUGGGAAGCAUCAUCUACCCGGUCGUGGCUUCCCAGGACCUGAAGCUGGAAGUCAAACACAAUCAGAUCGAGCUGAGGAUCACCCUCUUCCCAGUGGUGGAAAUGGAGGACAAAGUUCUUCUGGCUGCUCCUCCUGAAGGACUGGUGGAAAACCUCUGGCUUGAGAGCUUUUACAGGGCAGAGGUCUCGAAGGUGAAGGAGCUGGAUGCUGGUGACUCUGGGGCUCGGCAGCACUGCCUCCGCGUUCUCAACGGCGUCUGCAAGAGCCAUCCUGCCCUGCACAAACUGAGUGGCAGCCCCUUGACCCACGUCGUCCUUCACCUCAGUGCCACCAGUUCGGACUGGGCAGAAGAAAGCCUUGCUGACAGGUUCCAGCAGGUGCUUGAGGAGCUGGUAGGCUACCUGGAGAAAGGGGUCCUGCCUUCCUAUUUCAACCACAAAACCAACCUCUUCUGCGAGCUGUUGGAAGAGGAAAUUGAUGAG